AUGACCCACACACAGGCUCCUCUAGGCAGCUAUCCACAGUCGCCCGAUCCUACCUUGAGCGAUCCGCAAUGGCUGCAGCAACUGUCGUCUCACCCCAUCUUCACCUCCAGCCGCCCAUCAAAUGUGCCGUCAGCAUCGUCGAAUUCAAACGCAGGCUCUCAAAUCUACGGAAGCCACACAAGGCUUAUGGCUGUCAGAGGUACAGAUCUGAUUGUAGUCGUUGACAACCAAGUACGAGUCGCGUCUCUCGUCGACGCCAAGGUUUUGGCUGCAAACCAUCCUCUGUCGCCCUCACCCUCUUCCUCCUUCAAGUCCACCUCGCCAGCCUCUUACAAAGUCUUGGUACCUGCUCAGCAUGACACAAUCGAUUUUGACAUUCGAUACCUCAGCAUCAAUCCCACGGGGAAGCUGCUUGCCUGCGUAGGUGACAGCCAGAUCACCCUCUUAGUCUUGCCCCGAUCGGGUUACACGAAGCACGUCGAUCGCGAGAUUGUCUGCCGAACCAUUCCAGUCGCUCCCUACUAUCAUUCCUCCCACUCUGAUGCCGCAGUAUCCAAGGUCGACUGGCAUCCUUGGGGUGAAAGUGGCACUUCUCUCCUCGUCUUGACGGAAGAUGGGCUUCUUCGCGAAUACGAUGUGGCCAGAGACACAGAGGAGCCACAACAGACCGCCUCGUUCCUCCCACUUCACAACGUCUCCGCAACGCACCACUCUCGUUCACGAUCUGCAACCCCUAGCCUCUCCUCGCGCAACCAUGACUCCUCUCUUGCAGGUCAGACACGAACCUUCGGUGUCUCUGCAGCAGACGAUGACGCUACAACCGCUGUGAGCUUCUCCCUCUGCGUGACCAACAACCCGCAGCUCCGUUCAACUCCCUUUGAUCAAGACGCCGAUCAUACCUGGGCCGAUGCCGCAUCGCGCUCCAGCGGCCCCUCCGACUGGUCACCCCUCACCGUGUUUGGACUGAUGAGGAACGGCGAUGUGUGGGCACUGUGCCCCUUUCUUCCCAAAAGCGCCACUGUUCCCUCUGCCUACAUCCACAACCUGGCCAAGCUUGCCUCGUAUCACGCCAACACGUCAGAAUCACAGCACACAUCGCACGUCGAUACGCAGCUUCGCUACGUAAAGGCUUUGCUCAAACAGGCUUCCAAGGGCUCGCCGCAAGAGCUUGCAGAACGACAAGGCUCAGUGACACCAGGCCCAGAACGAUUCGCUCGAUCCAGAUCUACCUCUACCAUGGACCUCGACCAGCUCGUAGCUUCGCCUGGUGCCGCGAAACAGUCGGAACAAGCUCCGGCAGGGGUCGAGCACGUGGGAGAUGGUCCCGUACGACUGCAUCCUCCUUCGUGGUCUUACAGGCAGGACAUCAGUCAAGGCGGUAGUGUCAAGAAAGCACCCAGACCUCAAGGACCGUUCUUACUCAAACCCGCCCCAGUGGAGUUGUGCGAUGAGCGGGAGAGCGUUGCCAGCGAUGUGAUUUGGUCGUGGCUCACCGACGAGAGUGCGGAUACGAAGCCGGCUGCUGCUGUAACGGGCGUUGCUGCGCUCAGCAUUGUCGGUCAUGACGGUCGCAUGGAUGUGGCGCUUCUCCUCGAGUCUGUCGAAGCUUCGUGGGACGCUCCCUCGUCAAACCGCCGCAACGCAGCUCGUCGUCAGAGCAAGCCUCCCAAGACGAACCGAUACGGCCUGUCGGACACUGAAGACGAAGCGGACGAAUUUGAAGCGCUCACCCUCGAAGAUCCUGAAGAGCUUCCUACAUUGCUAAUCUACGAGACCAUCGACCUGGGUUUGCUCGAUACGGCUCUAGACAGCGGCAUCUCAUCACAGGCCGCAGCGUCCGACCUUCUUCUCAGCAAGAUGGGCAGCAACAAACCCAGCUUUGUACGAGACCCGCUGUACGGCGACGCUCUGUACGUCUACCAUGCGUUUGGUGCACACUGUCUCGGCUUCGCAACCUGGGUACCCAAGCUCAUUGAGGCGCUCAACAUGCCGUCACAGGAUGAGCUAGAUAACGAAGCGGGCGAGGACACCUCGCUUGCCGAACAAGAUUCGCGCGAACAGGCGCUUGUGAAGAUGCUUCAUCACGGAUACAAUACCGAGGUGGUCUGGGUGGUCAAUACGGUCGCAGGCGGGAAAGACGGUAAGGUUCUGGAAGUCAAUCCAGUGACUGGUGUCUCGAUCUUGUCGGACGUAUAUUUGUCGUAUGCAUUCCUUGCCGUGACGACGGACCUGCAGCUGGUGGGUGUAGAGCUGUCUCUGCGUAUCGAGCAAGAUGAGCUUGACCCCUCUGCUUCUCGCGGGCAGGCAACUACGUUGGGCGCAAGCGACUCCAGCAGCGGCACGAAGCAGUACAUCUCUCUUCUGGGAGAUGGACCCGCCUUCCAACCUCCAGCAAUCUUUGCUCAGUCUGCUGGCGUGCAAGGGUUGCCACAGCAUCCGCGUCGAGCUGCUCUCUCGGGAGCUGCAACCAAGUCUGAACUUCAGAUUACACCCGAACUGCUCCGCGCGCUGGGCAAGACGGUCGAGACGUACCGGCAUGAGAUCCGCGACGUUGUCUCUGCAGGUAACGCGGUGCAAGCGCGUCUGGACCUGCAGGUUCGCGAGAUGACGCGCCAACUGGAAAAGCUCAACACGAUCCGCUUGCGGUGUCAAGAGCUGGGUACCAAGGGCACGCUUGGCGAGCGCGUGCAAAAGCUGGCGGCCACGCAACUGCAGCUCGUCGCGCGAAUCGACAAAGCGCUACAGCGGUUGAUGGACUCACACCAGCCGAGUCUGUCGAUGUACGAGAAGAAGUGGUUUGAGGAGCUCGAGCGCAUUGCUGCCGAGGUCGGCGUGUCUCGUAGCGAGAAUGGAGAAUACAAGGUGGACACGCGUGCGAACAGGAAAGCGCUAUCAGCGAAGGCAGAGCUGUUGUCGCACCAGCUCUCGCUGCUUCGACCGCAGAUGGCUGCACUGCGCGAAGAGAGGCCGCGUGAGGGCCUGCUGGGCGGCGAACAGCUGAAGAGGGUCGAAAAACUGUUGAGCAGCGAAGCGGCCAUGCUGGCGGAAGCAAAAGACAAGGUGAAUCAGCUCAAUAAGCGGAUUGCCCACAUCAAGCCGUUGCGAGACUCGCCUGCCGUGGGAGGUGGGGCGUUCGACGCGGAUUCUUCACUGUCCUUCUCUCAAGCUGGUAUCGGUAGCGUCGUGGGUGGCGGUUUGCCGACGAGCAGCACAGCUGCCAACUUUGCCGAUUUCUCGAUCUCCAGCAGAGCUUCACCUCUUCGUACGCACUCGAGGACGGGAUCGAGCUUUUUCGCUUGA